AUGAAUACCUCUUUUGCAGCCCGUCCUAUACCACCUUGCUAUAUCGCAUUUCUCAUAGAUGCAUCGGGCAAAGCUAAGCAUUUCCAGCAAGAGGUGGAGGCACUAACGAACAUAACAGAAAACUGGAGUUUGGAUGGCUCUGGAAGAUUACACGUGAGUGCAGCUAGUACUGGACUAAGUGCAAAGGAUCCAGAUACUGAUGUGCCAGAUUUUGUUACGACACGAACGGAGUGGGAUAAGGUUCCACCACUUUUGGUUAACGAUGCUAUUCUCCGUGGGGAUGAUUCGCCAACGUCACCGACUAAUGACGCGGCAGGAAUCAAAGCAGCGCUGAAUGUUUCCAAGCCGUGGUUACCUUGUAGGAUGGCUCGUCGAGAAUCCAUUUUAAUGGUUUCUAUUGACGGUGGUUCUUCAGACUUGCGUCAAUUAUCGUAUCCGUCAGAAGAUUUGUUCAUGGAAAUGAACAACUUCAAUCAAGAAGAAAUUCAUGAGUUAAGUAAAAUGAUAAUGCUGAAUUCAUGUGUUCAUCUUCAUUGA